AUGUCACGUUCAGCUGCCAUGGGUAGUUCUAGCGGACCUGAUGCUAAGCGCCAGAAGGUGGAAGUCUCGCCACUUGACGCAAGCCGGUUGGUGAUUGAGGAGAACCCUGAGCCGCGUACUUGCCCUCCAGCCAAGGAACUUGUCUUCGGUAAAACGUUUACAAACCACAUGCUUUCGAUUAACUGGACGAAGGAGCACGGUUGGGAGGAGCCGGUGAUUAAGCCUUAUGGCCCUCUGACUCUCGCCCCAUGUGCUACCAUUUUCCACUAUGCCCCUACGUUGUUUGAGGGCCUGAAGGCGUACAGGGACCCUAACGGCAAGGUCCGCUUGUUCCGCCCAGACAAGAACAUGGAGCGUAUGAACCGCAGUGCGACGCGUAUCUCGCUUCCCAACUUUGACGGGGAGGAGCUGAUCAAGCUCUUGAAGAAGCUGCUAGAGAUCGACCAGGAGUGGGUGCCGUCUGAGCCUGGUUAUUCGCUGUAUAUCCGACCUACGUUGAUCGGUACGCAGGAGUCGCUGGGUGUAGCUGCGCCAACCAAGGCUAUGCUCUUUGUGAUUAUGUCGCCUGUCGGUCCGUACUAUGCCAAUGGUGUCAAGCCUGUGUCGCUGGAGGCGAACCCUGAAUACGUCCGUGCUUGGCCAGGUGGCACUGGUGAGGCUAAGCUGGGUGCUAACUAUGGCCCUGCUGUCCUUCCGCAGAAGCUUGCCGCUGGCCGUGGUUAUGAUCAGAUCCUCUGGCUCUAUGGUAAGGAGCACUGGCUCACGGAGGUCGGUACGAUGAACAUGUUUGUCGUAUUGAAGAAGGACGAUGGUGUUUUGGAGGUCGUGACACCCCCGUUGAACGGCAUGAUUCUGCCGGGUGUGACGCGCGCUUCGAUUCUGGAGCUCUUGCACCACCAUGAAAACGGCUCGGAUACUCUUGAGGGUGUGCCGAAGAUCCAGGUCAACGAGCGUGAAAUCAAUAUGCAAGAGCUUAUUAACGCCUCGGAGGAGGGUACCCUGGUGGAGAUGUUCGGGGCUGGUACUGCCGUCGUCGUGAGCCCUGUGCAACGUGUCGGUUUCCUUGGGAAGGAUAUCAACGUGCCGGUCGGAGAGAGCGGCUUUGGCGUUGUCGCUGGCGCUGUGCUGAAGAAGCUCACGGAUAUCCAAUGGGGCAAGAUCCCGCAUUCGUGGUCUGUUCCUAUCAGCGACGAAUAA